ACGAGGAAGGAGCUCUUUCUCGCUUUGCUGAGAGUCGUUCAACGGCCUGUGUAACUCAAAGCCGAAAAUAGAGCUGAGAAGAACAAGCUUUCCAGACUGCACCUGGGAAUCCACUCGAACCAUGUUCGCGAUAACGACACUUCUGUUUGCGGCGAUUACUGGGAGCAUAGCGUGCGCCGAACAUAGGUGUGGUGUACGUGGCCGCAGUUGCCUCUCUGCGCAGCAGAGGAUCGUUGGGGGAGAAAGAGCCGAAAAGCUCGAGUUUCCCUGGCAGAUAUCACUACGCCGUAUGGUACCACAGAUCAACCUGGACCGGGGACACUCUUGCGGAGGCUCCAUCAUCAACAGCCGCUACGUCCUCACAGCUGCACACUGCAUCACAGGGCAAAUCACGUUCCCGACAGACUUUUUCGUUGUUGUGGGAGAGGAAGACAUUACCAGGAGGGAGAGCACCGACGACGUAAUCCAAGUGCUAAAGGUCACCAAGCACCCGCAGUGGGACAGAAACACGCUGAACUAUGACUACGCUCUUCUGGAGCUGAGCACUCCCCUGGAUUUCGAAGGGCGGCACAAGCACUUGAUGCCCAUUUGCCUGCCCGAGAAGGAUCAGGACUUCGAGGGACAAAACUGCACCAUCAGCGGAUGGGGACUCACCAGGGACAGAACGGAAGGAGGCAGGGUCCCGGCCAAAUUACAGAAGGCUGAUGUGCCCGUGCUGAAGCAUUCAACUUGCCGUGAGUUCUACGCGGGCUUCAAUCGGGUCCAGGAGGAUACCAUGAUCUGCGCUGGACUCGAGGAAGGAGGCCGCUCCGUGUGCCAG